CAAUGAGAGCGACACAGCUUGUGUUGGUUUUGCUUUUGUUCUUUUGUGUUUAUGCUCCUUCUUCCUUUUGCACCAAUGUUACCUAUGACCAUCGAGCAUUGAUCAUCAAUGGCAAGCGUCGAGUCUUAAUAUCUGGUUCUAUUCAUUACCCUCGUAGCACUCCAGAGAUGUGGCCAGACCUUAUUCAGAAAUCCAAAGAUGGAGGAAUAGAUGUCAUUGAAACCUAUGUUUUCUGGAACUUAAAUGAACCAGUUCGAGGCCAGUAUAAUUUUGAAGGAAGGGGUGAUUUGGUUAAAUUUGUGAAGGCAGUAGCAGAAGCAGGUCUAUAUGUGCAUCUCCGGAUUGGUCCAUAUGCAUGUGCUGAAUGGAACUACGGUGGUUUUCCUCUUUGGCUCCAUUUUAUUCCGGGAAUUCAGUUCCGAACUGAUAAUGAACCGUUUAAGGCAGAAAUGAAGAGGUUCACUGCUAAGAUCGUGGAUAUGAUGAAGCAAGAGAACCUCUAUGCCUCACAGGGAGGACCAAUUAUUUUAUCUCAGAUUGAAAAUGAGUAUGGGAACAUUGAUGCGGCCUAUGGUCCAGCUGCUAAAUCCUACAUCAAUUGGGCAGCAUCAAUGGCUACAUCUCUUGAUACAGGGGUUCCCUGGGUCAUGUGCCAGCAGGCAGAUGCUCCUGAUCCAAUUAUUAACACAUGCAAUGGAUUUUACUGUGAUCAAUUCACACCAAACUCUAAAGCAAAGCCUAAAAUGUGGACUGAGAAUUGGAGUGGAUGGUUUCUUUCAUUUGGUGGAGCUGUGCCUUACAGACCAGUGGAAGAUCUUGCAUUUGCUGUGGCACGCUUUUUCCAGCGAGGUGGAACUUUUCAAAAUUACUAUAUGUACCAUGGAGGGACUAAUUUUGGCCGGACUUCUGGUGGACCAUUCAUUUCUACUAGUUAUGAUUAUGAUGCACCAAUUGAUGAGUACGGAAUUAUUAGACAGCCUAAGUGGGGACACCUUAAGGAUAUGCACAAGGCCAUAAAGCUUUGUGAAGAAGCACUGAUAGCUACUGAUCCAACAAUAACAUCUCUUGGUUCAAAUCUAGAGGCUGCCGUUUACAAGACAGGAGCUGUAUGUGCUGCCUUCCUUGCCAACAUUGCCACAUCUGAUGCAACAGUAAAGUUUAAUGGAAAUUCCUAUCACUUGCCUGCAUGGUCUGUGAGCAUCUUACCUGACUGCAAAAAUGUAGUGCUUAAUACUGCAAAGAUUAAUUCUGCAUCUAUGAUUUCAAGCUUCACAGCUGAAUCUUUAAAAGAAAAGGUUGGUUCUUUGGAUGAUUGUGGCUCAGGAUGGGGUUGGAUCAGUGAACCUGUUGGUAUUUCAAAGGCCGAUUCAUUCUCAAAAUUUGGAUUACUGGAGCAAAUAAAUACAACUGCUGAUAGAAGUGACUACUUGUGGUACUCAUUAAGUAUUGAUAUUGAAGAUGAUGCUGGUGCUCAAACUGUCCUUCACAUUGAAUCCCUUGGUCAUGCCCUUCACGCUUUCAUAAAUGGGAAGCUAGCAGGGAGUGGAACAGGCAACAGUGGCAAUGCUAAGGUCAAAGUAGACAUCCCCAUCACACUAGUGUCUGGGAAAAACAUAAUUGAUCUCCUGAGUUUAACUGUGGGACUUCAGAACUAUGGAGCUUUCUUUGACACAUGGGGUGCAGGGAUCACUGGUCCCGUGAAAUUGAAAGGUUUGAAGAAUGGAAGCACUGUUGAUCUCUCCUCCCAGCAGUGGACAUAUCAGGUUGGCCUUAAAGGUGAAGAUUCAGGUCUACCUAGUGGCAAUUCUGGACAGUGGAAUUCACAAUCUACCUUACCAACAAAUCAGCCAUUGACGUGGUACAAGACAAACUUCAUUGCUCCCUCUGGCAGUAAUCCGGUUGCAAUUGACUUCACGGGGAUGGGAAAAGGUGAGGCUUGGGUGAAUGGACAAAGCAUUGGGCGAUACUGGCCUACUUAUGUCUCACCAAAUAGUGGCUGUACUGACUCAUGCAAUUAUAGAGGGGCUUAUAGUUCAUCCAAAUGUCUCAAGAAUUGUGGAAAACCAUCGCAGACAUUAUACCAUGUACCGCGAGCAUGGUUACAACCAGAUAGCAACACUCUUGUAUUGUUUGAGGAAACUGGAGGAGAACCUACGAAAAUCUCUUUUGCCACAAAACAGAUAGGAAGUGUGUGUUCACACGUAUCUGAAUCUCACCCUCCACCAGUAGACUUGUGGAAUUCAGAUGCAGAAUCAGGAAGAAAAGUAGGGCCUGUACUCUCACUGGAGUGCCCUUAUCCUCAUCAAGUCAUUUCUUCCAUUAAAUUUGCAAGUUUUGGAACACCUCAAGGGACUUGUGGGAACUUCAAACAUGGACAAUGCAAGAGCAAUAAGGCUCUAUCCAUUAUGCAAAAGGCUUGCAUUGGAUCAAGCAGUUGUAGAAUUGGAGUAUCUAUUUAUACAUUUGGAGAUCCAUGUAAAGGAGUAGAAAAGAGUUUAGCUGUUGAAGCUGCUUGUGCAUUGGCUAGUCGCUUCAAGCCUUCCCACUUCCUAGCUUAGACUUGGCUGAAGAGCACUGCUCAUUGUUGAAGAUGGUUCCUAAUUACUUGAUUAGCCAAAGCAAAAUGGUAUUCUGGUAGUAAACAAGGUGAAAAAAAUGUCAAUCUCGCUUAUGCAUGAUGUGUGAUCAUGGUACUUUUUACUCCAAUGGAAGGUUUCUAAUUCACUAAACAAGAAUUUGUUCUCACCCAUCAGUGUGAGAAACAAAAGGGCUAUUUAUGAUAACAACAAUUUGUUC